ACGUGCAAUCACGCCGAAGCCAAACACCUGCAGGCGCGUCGCCGCGGCCAUUUCAUCCGCACCGGUGCACGAUCGCGGUGCGCGUUAUUUUUGAGCAGCGGGUGAUUGGGGUGGAUCCGGCCAACGACACAGUUGCAGGUUUCGUUUUCAAACUCCCCGUAAAUCCGUGUUCAUCAUGCCGACUGCAAACGUCACCGAUGCGCGAAUGACCAAGUUCAAGAACAAAGGCAAAGAGCCUUCCAAACUCCGGGAGCGUCGCAUUGCUGUGUGUGUGGAGCUCAGGAAAGCUCAGAGGAGUGAGAGCAUUUUGAAGAAACGAAACAUUUCUUCCUUGCCCGACGAUGAAGCUCUCUCUCCGGAGUACGCAACCGAUAACAAAGAGGUCAUUUCGAUUGCCAUUGAGGAAAUAAUCUGCAAUGUGAAUAGCAACUCUAAGGAGCAGCAGACCCGAGGAUGUCAGGCAGCCAGAAAGCUGCUUUCCAGAGAGAGGAACCCCCCUCUGAAGGAGAUCAUUGAUGCUGGGCUACUUGCUCGUUUUGUGGACUUCCUGGGGAGGGAUGAUGACCCCACCUUGCAGUUCGAGGCCGCCUGGGCUCUCACGAACAUCGCCUCCGGGACAUCUUGGCACACGCAGCAAGUGGUGGAAAAUGGUGCUGUUCCUGCUUUCAUCACCCUGUUGGGCUCUCCCAUGCUGCACAUCAGUGAGCAGGCUGUCUGGGCCCUGGGCAACAUCGCUGGUGAUGGACCAGCCUACAGGGAUGCCUUGAUAGCAUGUAAUGUGAUCCCAGCCCUGUUGGCCCGACUCACCCCAGAUGCUCCAGUGGGCUACCUGCGCAACCUAACAUGGACACUGUCCAACCUGUGCCGCAACAAGAACCCUUUUCCACCCCUUUCUGCAGUGCAGCAAGUCCUGCCCUCCCUGGUGCAGCUCCUCCAUCUCGGCGACAAAGAUGUUCUGUCUGAUGCCUGCUGGGCCAUCUCCUACCUCACUGACGGUUCCAAUGACCGCAUUGAUGUUGUGGUCAAGACUGGCAUUGUUCCUCGUGUGGUUGCCCUUAUGGAAUUUGAGGAGCUGUCUGUUCUGACCCCAGCUCUGCGCUCCAUGGGAAAUAUUGUCAGUGGCUCAGACCAACAAACGCAGGUGGCGAUCGAUGCGGGGGUGCUGUCGGUGCUGCCACGCCUCCUGCGCCACCCCAAGCCCAGUGUGCAGAAGGAGGCAGCCUGGGCUGUGUCCAACAUUGCAGCUGGACCAUGUCAGCAGAUCCAGCAGCUCAUCACCUGUGGCCUGCUGCCACCACUAAUUGACCUGCUGAGGAAUGGUGACUUCAAGACCCAACGGGAAGCUGUUUGGGCCAUAACCAACUACACCAGUGGGGGCACAGUAGACCAGGUAGUGCAGCUGGUGCAGAGUGGGGGUCUGGAGGCCAUUCUGGAUCUUCUCCACAUCAAGGAUGCCAAGACCAUCUUGGUGAUUUUGGAUGCCAUCAACAACAUGUUCUUGCAGGCAGCUACUAAGCUGGGAGAAACUGAGAAGCUAUGCCUCCUGGUGGAGGAGGUGGGGGGCUUGGAACGGAUAGAGCAGCUUCAGAACCAUGAGAAUGAUGCUGUGUAUCGUACUGCCCAGGAGCUCAUUGAGAAGUACUUCAAUGAGGAUGUGGAAGAUGAAUGUUUCAAGACUGAAGCUACAGAGAGAGACUUUGUCUUCAAGCCUGCUGAAGUUGAUAAACAAUUUAACUUCUAAGGUUUUUAAUGCUUUUGUGUAACUUAACUAAUAUAUAAAUAAAGCUGCUUUUUCCCCAACUA